AUGUCGACACGACCGCCGUCAAGAGUCGUCUUCAUUGGGAAUAUUCCCUACGGCCUUUCCGAGGAGCAGAUCAUCGAAAUCUUCAAAACAGCAGGACCUGUAGAGAGGUUUCGUUUAGUCUAUGAUCAGGAGACGGGCAAACCCAAGGGGUUUGGCUUCUUGGACUACCCAGACACAGACCAUGCUUCCUCAGCAGUACGAAAUUUGAACGACUACGAAAUCAUGGGGCGCCGACUUCGAGUGGAUUUUAGCAACGAGCAAAAGGCAGGCGAUGACGAUAGGGACCAAGCAUCGUUCGGCAAUGCUGCGAGUGGGAACAAUGCGGCUUCGUACGCAAUUCAGACGGGUAGCAUACCACCAUUGCCUGCGGGCAAGGAGCUUCUACCGGGCGUCAAAUGUACCGAUGCCAUCUCGCAGACUCUCAACACCCUGCCUCCGGCGCAAGUGCUCGAUGUCAUCUCCCAGAUGAAGGCGCUGGCCACCAACGAGCCGCAACGGGCCAUUGAGCUUCUGCAACAAGCACCCCAGCUCGCUGCGACCGUCUUCCAGGCGCUACUUCUCAUGGGUCUCGUGUCUCCAGAGGCGAUUUCCUCCGUCGUGGACGCCGGCGCGCCCCCAGCUGCCCCGGCCCCCAACCCUGUCUACCCAGGGUAUCCUCCUCCGCAAGCGACACAGACACCACCUGUCGCGGGUAUGCCUUACCCGCCGCCACCGCACCAAGGCUACGGCGCGACACCUGUCCCCGCGCCUGCGCCGGCAGCUGCACCUCCCGCGGCCGCUCUUCCUAAUCAAGAUGAGCUGAUGCGGCAAGUCAUGGCGCUGCCUGACGACCAGAUCGCGCUUCUCUCUGAGACGGACAGGCAGCAGAUCCUGGCGUUGAGAGCGCAAUUUGCUGGGGUUGGCCGCUAA